AUGUCACCCACCAACUACGAAUCUGUGCCCUCGCCCUCAAGGAAGAUCGAAGCACUGGCACAGCCCCGAGACUCACAAGCGCUUGCGUGGGCCUCCCAGUCAAGUCUUGCUGGGGCGACAAAACCCUGCGCAUCGCGAGACAGCAUCGCCAUCUAUUGCCGAUUCUCGUCCAAAGACGACAUGGCGCAGAUGCCGACAUGCGACGGACGGCAGACGAGCACAAUAUCCACGCCCGGGACCUCGAUACAGGAGCAAGCUUUUGAGGCUGCCAGCCUACACACAGUCAUGACCGGAAGCAACGAGACAAUAAUAUCAGCAAACAAAUCCAUGUUCUUCCUCGAGAUGAAUCCGUUCGCUCCUGUUUCAGUGGUCCUCCUCCAUAUGCUCUUCAGUUCUCAUCUUGAAUGGAAGCAUAUUUGGCCUAAACUGGCCGAGUACCACAUGCUUAUACCAGAUCUGCCUUGCCACUCAAAAUCUCGAAAUGUGUGCAAGAAGGAAGAGUAUUCAGUUGGUCUGUGUGCCGACCUAGUCGCAGAAAUGAUUCGCGAACAUGCUCACGAUCGCCGUGCCCAUGUUGUUGGAGUUGGUACAAGUGGGUUUAUUGCCUUGGACAUCGUUAGGAGACAUCCAGAUGUCGUCACAAGUGGCUUCAUAUCAGGGGCGUGGCCACAAAAGGGAAUGCGUCUGACUGUCACUAACCAUCCUCGGUUGCUUUACGCCGGGCUCUGGUCCAUUCUACAUUCGCCGGGGUCUCUAUUCUUCAAAAUGUCGGGAUAUAGUGGAGAGUAUCACAACGACGAGUUGUUAAACGCUAUCAAGCGGAAUGGAAGCUCACGUCUCGCUGAAGCUGGGUGCUCAUAUGCCAAAGAAUGGCAAGAAGUCCAGUUCGCGGAGACUGGAGUAGCAGACAAGAGGCUAUGUAUGAUUGCAGGUGGGAAGCAGGACGACCCUGAGGGCGUACGUCAAGCUGCGAAAUUGCUCAAAUCUCAAAGCAGUGGUGGCCAAGGGAGCACAACCUGUGCAUAUCAGGUGCGGGAAGCCAUUCUUGCCUGGAAUCUGCAAUUUCCACCGCUCUUCGCCAAAGCCAUUCAAUGCUGGAUAGAACAUCUGCCGAUGCCAGACGAGUUCGAGGACAUGCCUAUAUAG